CAGCAAUUAUAGAUUUCCAGACAUUUUCAAACAUCAGAAUGUCUUCAUGAAUUAUAUGAUAUAUAGUUAUGAUUUAUGUACAUUGUUAGUAUGUUGACUUUUUAUUUAAAAGAUGCUUUAUCACGUUUGACAUCGCGCGAGUGUAAUAAAGCCAUUAAAUAAAAAUGAUAAUACACUAGUGUAAUAAAGCUUUGACGUCGACGUCAUUUAUAGCAUAGGCGAAGUCGGUCAUAUUGUCUUGUUUAUAUAGUAAAGGAAAGUAGAAUUUUUGAUGUUUCGACAAAAAAGGCUAAUAUGUGAUAAAAAGAAUAUUACAUUUGUGACUUUCCACAUUGCAUUUAUUAAACUCGUUGAAUAAAAUUGAUAAAAUGCUCAACAGAGCCUCACCUUUUAUUAUUUUAUUCAACUUGUUUGAUAAAUUCAAUAUGAAAAGACACUCGUGUAAUAUCCUCUAUUUAUUGGCAUGCAGCAUGUUCUGUGAAAAAUGUCCUUAGGCAGUAGAUGUUGGUAGUUCUGUUACAAAUUCUUGUAUAAAUCUAGUAUAUUACUUUUAAGAAGAAAAAUGCUAUAAAUAGCAUAUUGCUUUCUAUUUUAAGAAAUACAUCUUUUGACAGAUAUCCGAAAGCCAGACUGAUUGUGUUCACUUAGAAAUCGAACAUGAAACUGACAUUAUAUUGUGCUGUUAUAUGCUUAGCAUUUGCUAUAACCUGUUUCACAGGUCCUGAGAUUGCUGCAGAUGCCAAGCCCAUUCCUGGAUGUGCUUCAAACACAGAGUGUCCACAAGGAAGAAGAAUUUCCAGACAUGUGCAGGGUCAGCUUGAGCCGCGAAGUGAAUCGAGCAACUCAGAUGAUGAUUCAUCAGACUUAAACCCAGAAGUGGACAGAUGUAGCCCAGAUCCCUGUGAAAAUAAUGGCACAUGUGUAGAGGUUGCAGACAACUACACAUGCAGUUGUAAUGACGGUUUUAAAGGCAGGAACUGUGAAGAAGCAGUAACUGUUAAAUCAUGUCCAGAGGGAGGAUGGGUCUUUUUCAAUGGGAGCUGUUACUAUGUUAGUACCACGACAGUAAGUUGGAUAUCUGCUCUGGCUGCCUGCAAUGAAACAGGUGGAUAUCUUGCAGAGAUCCAGAGUCAGCUAGAACAGGAGUUUCUGAAUAAUAUAACUAGUGAUGGUGACUACUUUUGGAUAGCCUUGAAUGAUAGGCAGACUGAGGGCCAAUUUGUUUGGGAAACAUCAGGGGACCUAGUGUCUUUCGAGUAUUGGGGUUUGGAAAACUUCCAGCCAAAACCUGAUACAGACUGUGUUUUCUUCGCCAAUAAAGCUUCUGAUAACAGAUACUAUUGGUUCGAAGUCGACUGUGAUUAUGAUUUUGUGUUUUACGUCUGUGAAACAGAUGUCAUUUGACUUUACGUUUAGCAGAAGAAGAUGUUCAACUUUAGAGGACUAAAACAGGACAAUUAGUUUUACAAAAGAAUAUGCCAGUGGACUGAAACAUUUUUCUGGCAUUUGUGAAUGUACUAAACAUUUUCAUUGAAAGUUAUUAUGUAUUCUUUUUAAUCUUUUUAAUUUAAACCAGUUGUUCAUUCCAGAUUCUCAAUAAUAAAGCAUUACAAAAUAAA